AUGGAAAAUGACAUGUCGGACGCCUCGGCCACGGCUCGGCCCGGUCUAGCUGAUCUCCUGAAAAAUCCUUGUUUUUGUUUUCAGAUCAUACUUGUUGCCUGUAUCCUGGCUGUAGUAGCCGCUCGGCCUCAGGAGAGUCACGGACACGGACAUGACUCCCACCACCACGCUGUUUCCUCACAGCACAUCCAGCGCCACGACGUGCCCGGCAAGGCGCCCGAAGGCCACCACGACUACUACGCGCACCCUAAAUACGAGUUCGAGUACAAGGUGGAGGACCCGCACACCGGCGACAAGAAGUCCCAGCACGAGUCCCGCGACGGCGACGUCGUGAAGGGCUACUACAGCCUGCAUGAGGCCGACGGCACUGUCAGGAUCGUGCACUACACCGCCGACAAGAAAACUGGAUUCAACGCUGUUGUUACCCGUGAAGGACAUGCCAAGCACAUUGUUCCUAGUCAUCACCACUGAUUCUGCGAUUAACAAUACUUACUUAACUAUACCUGUUGUUGACUAUUGUGUAACGUAAUUUAUUUUUAAAAGAG